UGCUGGAAGCAUGAGCCUGUCUUCCUCCCUCUGCCUUCUCCUCCUCCUCCUCUUCUUCUUCCUCAGCCACCGGAUCCUUUGGGCUUUGGCGCACCAGGAGCAGCAACUUGGAGGAGACCCAGGUCUCCGGCUGAGACACAGCAGUAGCAGCCGCCGCCUUGGAAGGAAGGAGUCCACUUCUGGGACCUCUUCUUCUUCCUCUUCUUCUUCUGUUUCAGCCCUUUCAGCUGCUUCUUAUUCGGGCCCCUCCGGAGAAGUGCCAGCCAGCGCUUUGGAGAGGAGUAGUUUCCAGUGGAGCCCAUCCGGGCGCAGGACUGGCAGCCUCUAUUGCAGAGUUGGCAUCGGCUUCCAUCUCCAAAUCCACCCCGAUGGGCAUGUCAAUGGGUCCCAUCAAGGCAGCCUGUUAAGCCACAUUUACAGAUGACUGCAAGUUCAGAGAGAGGUUUCAGGAAAACAGCUACAACACCUAUGCCUCAGCAGUCCACAGGACUGGGAAAACGGGAAGGGAAUGGUAUGUGGCCUUGAAC